UCACCACUAACCUUUCUAGAGAAGUCUAAGACCCCAUCGUUACCGACCUAGUCAAUUCAUCAUGUGCUGUCACCGUGGAGUCCCUGAUUGCGGUCCCACAUAAAUACUAUGUAGGUCAGGAUCUUCGCCGCUCAGCAUUCACUCAUUCAAUCAUGGUCAACACAAUUCCUCCUGCCAAUCCAAUCCCUGUCGCACCAUCCCCAGCUGAGGUUCUGGCACGCCUUUUUCCUGCUCCAGCACUCCCUCCAUCAGUCCUUGCACCAGCCCGCCUACCAAAUGCCGGUCCAGGGCCAACUGCUGCACUGCUCAAGACACUGAAGGAUAACCACGAGCGCAGCCAUGUUUUCUUCAAUUACUACAGUUUCCACAACCAUGCUGCCCACCACUUGCUAGCAAUUUGGGCCCUCGGAGCAUCUGGUCCAUUGAUAACAGCUGCAUAUGAGGACACUCACCUCGACCAUAUGCGUGAUGCUUUCCAGGCACCCGACCGUGUCGUCAUCUCAGAUGACAACUUCCAUGACUACCUCGGGGACGAAAACUAUUACAAUGCUUACUUGGAUUAUUUCCACAAAGUAGUUCUCGCCCCAGGCGCUACCAUCUCAAGCACCCUUGAAAAGUACAUUUUUUCUUCAGAGUACAAUAUCAACACCUCUCUCGCACUGGGCAAACAGCAGCCUGAAAUGCUUAACCGCUUCGUCGAAAUCCUCAUCCACCCCCUCAUUCACGCUGGCUAUGGCGCAGAGUUCGGACUUCCAGGCAUGCUGGCUGAGGGUCUCGCACAGGCGAGCGUUCAUCCCGCACGGGCAACCGUCCUUGUCUCCCGUUUACUUUUCCCCGGAAACCCGGACUCUCAGUACAGGCCCAAAUCGCACGUGCACGCACUCACGAUCCUCUCGCAGAUGCUCACCGAUAACCGUUUCUGGACGCGUAUCCUUGAGAAGCAUGAAUUCGAGGCGAUGCUCGUGUCGCACGGCGAACUCAUCAACUCGUACGCAGAGAUGUGGACGUGCGAGAUCAACAGCCAGGAUGAUUUCAACCGCCACCUUGAGGAGCUCAUAUGGGCAAGCACUUUGAUGUACGGCGUCGGCAGCUGGGGCGGCGAGAGCGAGGAGUAUCGUGCAGACUUCUUCACUAUGCACAUCGUCACCUCAUGUCUCUUCCUCCCGUCUCUUUGCGCUCAUUUAUCAUACAAAAGCCAGUCUCUCCUCUUGCGUGCGCACUUCCUCGCGGGCAUCACCUGGUGGCUCGUACGUGGACGCCCCGCGCUUCCCCUGCGCAAGUUCUUCGCCGCACCGCUUGCGCCCCUUCCAUCCCCAGCGCACUUUAAGUACGCAACGACGCUCCCUGGCGUUCUGCCCCAGCCAGCAGCAUCUGCACUACUCGGCGGAGACAGCCCGCACGUGGUCACGCCCAAUGUGUGGUAUCCCGUCCUACAGAAUGCGAUCGUGCACCCGAAUGAGCAUCUGUGCAAGUGCCAGCGUGCGCUCGCGCACUUUGCCAUACUGUACGGACACCGCGAGGCCGGUUUCAUGUCGGAGGUUCUGUCCUCAAGUCCAGCAAUCAGCUAUCCUGACACACCAUUAUUGCCUGGUGGCCUUGAACUCGCAGAGGGCGAGGGCAAAGCGCUCGAGGCGCCCGAGUGGGAGUUCCUUGACGGGAGCGUGUUCUUGCGCGCAGCUUGGUUGACGGGUGCCGCGUUAGGAUGGGUGAGGGAGGGAGAGCCCAACACGGGUGCCUGGGAUUACCAGGAGUUUGAGAGAGUGGCUUUGGAGAGAGAUGAGCUUGAGGCCAAGACGCACGCAUAGACGAUGGGGGAAUCAUAUCCAAAAUAUGUAAAGUAACACGUUUCUUUUUUGUUUGCCUCCCAUCUCAGCUGAUAAUGUAACUUUAAUGUAUACAUGCAUAAUCAUUCCGUGUCCUGACGUUCGUUACCUAACUCCAAGCCCCCCAAGUUGCUAUCUGUGUCCACGUGAUCUCAAACCAAAUAAACGUUCAUAUUCCGAGGCUUGCACUCCAAGCCUUCAACGUCACUUGAAUUUGUUGGCGAUUUCCCGUGUUAUGUGCACUAUGAUCAUGAUGUGGCCACGCCUUAGAUUCUCGUCUGCUCUCCGUUCUGGGCAAGCUAAGCCUGAUCCCUAAUACGAUUACAUCAAGCCAAGAUUAUGCACAAAGUCAGUGGUGAGAUGCAGGUACUACUGAGCUCGAUACCAGUGCAUCCAGACACCUCC